CUUUCAGUUUCCCCAAAAUAUCUAUCUCUCUAUAUCCAUUUCACUCUCUCACGUUUCCUUCAUUUGUUUACAAAAAGAUCGCAAAAUUUAGGGAUUUUUUUAUAGAAAAAUGGUGAGACCUAAUCAAGCAGAAAUCGAAACAUUUAUGAACAUUACUGGUGUUUCUGAAGCUAUCGCUAUUCAGAAACUCGAGGAGCAUGGUGGGAAUCUGAACGAAGCUGUGAAUGCACAUUUCAAUCAGGGAGACAGCAACAGAGUGCAUGCAGCACCUGUUGCUGCUGCUCCACAUGAGGAUGAUAUGGAAAUAGAUGAUCCAAUUACAGAGGAAUUUCGCAGACCUCCCUUUUCAGUUCUUUCCUCUUCUAGGAUUCCAAAUGCUUUCUCCCUUCUUGAUCCUAGUUUCACCAGAAGUGUGUUUGACACUGAUUUUACAAGCCGGGCUCCAUUUGUCUCACAUCCAAGACAAGCAAGAGAGAUCCCUAUUGAGGUGAAGGAUGGGGAUGGACAAUCUGGUCAUUCUAGAAAUGCUCCUGUUAUUGAGGACAUUACAGAGACUGACCAGAUCCUUGGCCCAGAAACUCGUGGGACUGUUAUAAUUGAUGACGAUGAGGACGAAGUAGUUCCAGGUCCUCUGCCAACACAUGCUGUCAGGCGUGAUAGAACAAAUGAUGAUAUCAUUGACGGAGACUCUACAGCAGUGUUUUCAGAACCAAGUGCUCCUGGUGAUGAUGUCUUGCCGGACUAUGCCAAUGAUAUUGAAGAGGAAAUGGUCCGUGCUGCGAUUGAAGCUUCCAAACGCGAUGCUGAAAUGUCGACCCGACAACUUGACGUCAGCAAUGAUCUAAGUAAUAAUCCAAGGCCUCAACCAAGGCAGUCUCAUCUAGAGGAUGCUCAACUUGCAGAUGCGGUGUCUUUGUCUUUAAAGAAUGCUGAGCAGGAGAAAGCUAUGCCUGAUUCUAGCAAAGCUAUACCAGAAUCAGAAGGUUAUAAGCCAGCUGAGGAGAAUGAGCUUGGAAAAACUACAUUCUCUAAUGGAAGGCAAUUUAGAUCAGAGGUGGGAAGUUCAUCCGUCCAAGAUGAAGCUGAAGAUUUAGAAGAGGAACCACUGGUUUGGCGCAGAAGAAAACCUAUGUCUUCAGGUUCUGAAACAGCCCAAGAUAUCGAAGAACGUGUUGUUAGCCCAUUAUCAAGUCCUCGACCGCAUGAUAAUCUUAAUCACUCCCCGAGAAACGGUGCUGCUGACUUCCAGUCUGAUGAGUGGGGUGGUAUGUCAUCCCUGGAACAUGAUGAAGCUGUAAUGCUUGAGGCUGCAAUAUUUGGUGGAAUACCUGAGGGUACUGGAUAUCGUUUGCCUUAUGCACCUCGUCAGCCUAUGCAGAAUGGUGCUGAUGGACCUAUGGGUCCCUAUCAAUGGCGCACGCCUCUUCCCCCAUCUCCCUCUCUUGUGGCUGAGCGUUUACUUCGAGAACAGCAGGAUGAUGAAUAUCAUGCUGCAUUGCAAGCUGAUAGAGAAAAGGAAUUGAAGGCCAAGCAAGAAGCUGAAGCUGAACUUGAAGAAAAGAGGCAGGAGGAGGAGGAAUCACGAAGGAAAGCAGAGGAGGAAAAGGAAAUGGAGAGACAAUUAGCAGCAAAAGAGGCUUCUCUUCCUCAGGAGCCAACAGCAGAUAACGAGAAUGCUGUGAAUCUUGUUGUGCGUAUGCCGGAUGGAAGCCGCAGAGGACGGCGCUUUCUCAAAUCUGAUAGAUUACAGUCUCUUUUCGAUUACAUUGAUGUUGGCAGAGUGAUCAAGCCCGGCACAUAUAGAUUGGUAAGACCAUAUCCUAGGCGUGCUUUCAGUGAUGGAGAAAGUACCCUGUCUCUGGAUGACCUGGGGUUGACAAGCAAACAAGAAGCCCUGUUUCUGGAGUCGAUAUAAGUUAUUCAUGUUGUAAAGUAGUUUCAAAUUGCUCCCCUAAAGACAUAGAUUAUACAUAGGUUGAAAUUGGUGUUCAUGGGUUGGUUUGUUUUGGUUGGUAAGCAUCGCUGCAAAUUAUCUGAUUGCGAGGGGAAACGCCAAAUGAUGAUCAUGGUGAGGAGUAUUACAACGAUUUAUGGUGCUUUAUAUGUGGAAUUAUUUGCUUUCUGAAAAUUGAAAAAAGUUACUGUAAA